AUGAUUUGUGUAGAGUGCUCUACACCCAUUCAAACUCUUUAUGAGAAAUACAAAGGGGACCAUAUUCGAUUGACGGUUUGUACUAACUGUCACAAAGUUGCAGACCGAUAUAUAGAAUUUGACAAGGUGCUACUAUUCAUCGAUUUGAUGCUUCUGAAGCCACAGGCUUAUAGACACACGAUCUACAACCAAUCGCUGAACUAUGGAGCGGAUUUUGAGGACGGAAAAGGAGCUUUGCAAGGCAACCAAAGAACAUUCGUGCAACGAAAUGGCCCGUUUUUGCGCCUGUUGGUGCUUAUGCUUCUAUUGGAGGUCUACCUGACAUGGGCCUACGAGGAGAAGAAUUAUUUGGAAAAUAUACACAAAACGUCGUUGAUCAAUCGGAUCGUCUUGGAACUGCCAAGUGUCAUGUCGCAAUAUUCGUUCUUCUUGACAAAGGCCGUCCUCGAUACCGUUGUUCUGCAUUUGUCGCUUCAAUUCUUCAUCUACAAAUUCCUUGGGUUUGGAUACCCAAUAACAGUGGAAUUUGAAAAUCAUCUACCUCUGUCGUCUUCCAAAGCUUUGCCUCCCAAUGAAUUGCCUCGAGUGGCAAGGUCUACUUCCUCCUCGUCGUCUACGUCAUCAAGCCCUCCAAACAUUCAAAGAGUCCACUUUUCCAGAAAUUAUUUCAUCAGCAUCGUUUCCUCUACCAUUUUGCUUUCCAACCUUAUCAAGCUGUUUCCGAUUGUGAUGCUUAUCUGGCCAUAUGACACAUUCAUCCUCAAUAUCACAACGAACGUAGUACAAAUCAUACAUCUUGUCAUCCUCAUUGAGGCCAUCCAUAUCGUGCUACUACAAAACCAGAACAAUCACUACUGGAAGAUCGCGCUGAUUGUUUUUACGAGCCAUGUAAUCAAGCUCAUUGUCACCAGACUCUUGAUCAUGUCGGUUUUCCGACUCAUGUACCAUCUACCAUUCAAAACACUUAUUUUGGAUGAAAUGCAUCAAAUCCAAUUGAAGUUGGAGCUGGUGACCGAACUGUUCAAAUAUCUUAGUCUUUGA